CCUCUCAAAUCUAACCCAACUUCCACGUUCAGCAACAUUGUGGACGAAGCAAAGUAUCUUCUGUAAACAGCCUGCGGUGGAUUGUGUUCAGAAAAACAGUCUUUGGUGGAAAGCAAAUCAAUUCCAGUGCCUCCUCAUGCUGUGUUUCUCCUCACACAAGGUAUAAAUCCGUAUCCCUCUGCUUGAUCUUCCUCUGUUGCUCGCUAUGGGUUUUAAUCAUAGAAGACUGCUAGAUGAUGUCCCAGAUAGCACAGAAGAUGAUCCUAAUAGAGGAAUCCCACCUCCGAAUGGUAAUUGUCCUCCUCCUCUACCAAAAGAUCCAAGGGUUCCUUUCCCUCCGGUUUCACAUCUUCCGAGAGUGAAUGUUAUGACAUGUUUGAUUAGUGGUGUUCUUCUUUGUGCUAUCUUCUUUAUCAUGGUUAGAAUAUAUUAUUCAAGGAGGAAAAAUAGGAGGAGUGUGGGUGACAGUGAGGGUGAGGGUGAGGGUGAGGGUGAGAGUGUACUUUCUGGUAGCCAGGAAGAUUUUUUUGAUGAAGAGCGUGGUAUGCAGCUUGUAAACCCUAUUUGGUACAUCAACACUGUUGGUCUCCAACAAUCAGUGAUUGAUUCGAUCGCAGUCUUUAAGUAUAAAAAUGGUGAGGGAUUGAUUGAUGGAACGGACUGUUCUGUUUGCUUGAAUGAGUUUCAAGAAGAUGAGAGUCUUAGGCUUUUGCCCAAGUGUAAUCAUGCUUUCCACAUUAAUUGUAUUGAUACUUGGUUAAAGUCACACAAAAAUUGUCCCUUGUGCCGUGCCCCGAUUGUUUGUGAUGCUGUUGUUGAUCAAGCUAGUGUAUCAAUGCCUGAUGUCAAUGUUGGUUCAGGAUCAAGGGAAGAAACACAGGUGGGAGAUUCAGAGAAUCAUGAACUUGGGGGAAAUGAUGUUGGAGAAGAUGGAAAUAGCGAAAUGGUAACUAGGGAUGACAAUUUAGGAACAUUGCCAACUAAAGAUGAAAACACUGCUGGAAGUUCUAAGAAAGGCUUGCCUCAUUCUAAAUCAAGGGUUUGUGAUUCUGAAUUUCGAGUACCAACUGACUUGGCUGAAAUUAGGCAAAGGGUUGUGGAGGAUGUGCAGCCUAUAAGGAGGUCAGUUUCUUUGGAUUCACCUUCUGCCAUGAUGAUCUAUAGUGCUGUUGCUGGUCUCAGACAAGGUGAACAUCCAGGAAACAUGGAAACUGAACUGGCAAGGGUAAAGAAUACGAGAUCGAAGGUUGUUGCUAAGAAAGGAAGUGGAAGUUCAACCAAACGCAAAAUGAUGAAAAGUUCUUCCAUUGGUCCUUUUGCGUCAAAGGGAUCAAUUUCAGUGAAAAGGUCUCUCUCAUCUGGUGGAAAGUUCUUGUUUUGCAAAGGCAAGAAGCCAGUACUUGAUCCUUCCCUUGUAAACUUAAGGUCAGUUUAAACAGCCAAAUUAAAUCCAUCUCUAGGAUACUUGAGGAGCCUUGCCACAUUUCAGGAUAGUUUUGCCUCAAAUGCAAUGUAACUCUGUGAGAAUGUAUUAGUAUAUGGAUUUAAAGAAUAUAGAGAAGACCCUAGCUAUAGUAUUGAGUCUUCAACUGGUUGUGUAAGAAUCUUAGUUCUUGGAAAUAAUAUAUGGUAGCUUUUGCUGCUUUUUAUCUUAAAUGCAGGAUGUUUUAGAUGA